AUGAAAACAGGAAGCUAUAAAUGGAAGAAUAUUGUGAGAUUGACGGCGGUGAUACUGACGAGCAUUGUGUUAGCUUCAAUGUUUGCUUCAGCAGAAAAAAGUGUGACAAAGGAAAAUGUGACAGCAGUCGCAGGAUAUGGCGAUGGUAGUGAAACGAAUGUUGGAUAUAUUGUGAAGUUGGCAAGCUAUUUGUUUCAAACUGAUGGAUCAGAAUACCAUCAUGUUUGGCCCGAAAUGGAAUUUGGAUGGAAGAUUGUUACCGGUACCUUCAUCACAUGUUGUGGAGCAGUAUUUGGAAGCGUAGGUGGAGUUGGUGGCGGCGGUAUAUUUGUGCCAAUGCUUUCUCUGAUUAUGGGGUUUGAUCCAAAAUCUGCUACUGCUACUUCAAAAUGUUUGGUAAUGGGUGUAGCAGUGUCGACUGUUUACCAUAAUAUGAAAUUAAGGCAUCCAACGCUUGAUAUGCCGAUGAUUGACUAUGACUUGGCUCUGCUUCUUCAACCAAUGCUGAUGCUUGGAGUUAGUACUGGAGUUACUCUCAAUGUUAUGUUUGCUGAGUGGAUGGUCACUCUGCUGAUAAUUAUUCUUUUUAUAGGCAUAUCAAUCCGGUCCUUCCGCAGAGGUGUUGAAACAUGGAGAAAAGAAACAAUCGUUAAAAAGGAGGCUGCUAAGUGCUUGGAGAGCAAUGAAGGUGCUGACGUGGAAUACAAGCUUCUUCCUGGUGGUCCCAGCGAUGGAAUUAUAGUCGAACAAGAACCGAUACAAUCAUCGAAACACGAGGUAACUUUGCUCGCGAAUAUUUGCUGGAAAGAAACUGGGCUUCUUGUCUUUGUUUGGGUUGCAUUCCUUGGUCUGCAGAUUGGGAUGAAUUAUACAUCUGCUUGUUCAAUUUUGUACUGGGUGCUGAACUUAUCACAGGUUCCAAUUUCUUUAGGGGUUUCUGGGUAUGAGGUAGUUGGACUAUAUAGGGGAACUAGAACAAUAUCAUCCAAGGGAGUUUCUGUCACCAAGCUUGGUGCAGGACAAUUGGCUUUCUAUGUUGCUCUCGGAUUCCUAUCUGGUAUGAUUGGUGGCUUACUUGGUAUAGGUGGAGGUAUGAUUAUUGCGCCACUCUUUUUGGAGCUUGGAAUACCUCCCCAGGUUUCAAGUGCCACGGCCAUGUUUGCAAUGAUGUUUUCAUCAUCUAUGUCUGCAGUAGAAUAUUACCUUCUUAAGCGUUUCCCAGUUUCUUAUGCACUAUACUUAUUUAUUGUGGCCGCAAUUGCCACUCUCUUUGGGCAAAAAGUUGUGAGAAAGCGGAUUAUGAGACUAGGACGGGUGUCACUGAUCAUCUUCGUCCUUGCCUUCACUAUAUUCAUUAGUACAAUAUGUUUAGGUGGAGUUGGAAUUUCAAACAUGAUUGGGAAAAUGGAACGGCAUGAAUAUAUGGGUUUCGAGAGCUUAUGCAAGUAUCAGGCCGAUAAUUAG